UACAUUCAUGCGCGAUUGGAUUGUGUGCUGGCACGCUAUGUAUACUUCACAACAGUUGAUUUCUUGGCGAUAUCCGAUGACGUUCGUCAACGAUUAACUGAUGUACAUCAACAGUGCUUGAACGAGGAAUUCGGUUGCUCGUUCGAUUAA